GGGAUGGCUGAUCCGGUCCCCAUCGUCCGGACCUUCAUGUCCAGCCCAGAGGUUACGUGCGAUCUUCGACUUGAUGCCGUCAUCACCGUAGCGGAUGCCAAGAACCUUCGGGGCCGCCUCGAUGACACCAUCGAGGAGGGUAAGGUAAACGAGGCAUUCCAGCAGAUUGCAUUUGCGGAUAAGAUCAUCCUCAACAAGCUGGACCUGGUCACGUCUGACCAGGCCAUCAGCAUUAAGGAGAAGAUCAGGAACAUCAACAAGUAUGCCAAGAUCGUGCCGGCAGUGAAAGGCCGAGUCAAG